CGUUUUGAAUUUGAACGUGGUGUCUCUCUGUUUGCGCGGUGGCACGAGUAUUAACAUCGUUUUAUUAGUUUGUUCUAAAUGACAAGUAAGCCCCCCAGUAUCAUCGUUAAAACAAUUGUGAUUCACGCUGGGGGUGGGGAUAAUCAAACUUUUAUUUCCUGAAAAUCAUAAAAGCAGGCCUCUACUAAUGUAACAGUUUAAUGGUUGGUUAAGAUAACGAAAAUUUUCACCCUCCGCCCCCCCCCCAAAAAUGAAGGUUCUAUUCAUUCGACUAUUUGAAGAGUGAAAUGAUCAAACAUAUUUCUCUUAAUAUUCCCUAAUCACUAUUUUAUUGUUUCAUCGUGACAAAAUAGCCAUCAUUGUUAAAGUUCCUCUUAUGGCGAUAUGAUUUUUAUACCAUUGCAAAUAAAUCUGGGCAUAAAAAAAAGAAACAGAGAGUGUAAGUGGGUAAGGUCAUGACUAAGAGUAAGAAUCUCGAAAGGGAAGAAAACAAAAUGUUGGCUUUGUUUGAUAUCGCUCCAGUUCUCCUCAGGCCAUAUUAGCGCCAACAAAUUAGCUCUUUUUUUUGUUGACGGAAGUGCUCCAGCUGGCUGCUGGAAGCCCCAUCGGCAAAUUUUAGACAUUUUAUCACCUUCCAAGUCCCGUGGCUUUUUACGUCUCUGGUGCGUUUUUCUUCGCAUGCCGCGCAAGUUUCGACUUGAUUGGACACAUUUUUGGUCCAGACUACAUCGGGUGGGGAAAUGUGAUGCAUUUGCUGUUUUAACGUUUCCUGCAACUUUGGCGACGUGUCACGGCGAGCGUGGAGCCUUCUCAAGCUCGAAUGGUGCAUUAAGGAGAGAUGAAGGUGCAUGAUGGCUGCGUUCUCUUCGUCCUCGGCCGCUUGAUAGCCGUGCUACGUCGGCUGCGAGUGGGCGGGACUUAGCCCCUUUGUGAGCUUCCGAUUGGCCGCCCGGCGCACACGCUAGAAUGAGGGGCGCUUCUAAUCAUAUCCAGCAUGUUUUGCACAAGAAAUGUCAGACAGAGGGGGCUACCUUCUCCCUUCGCCAAAAUACUCGACAAUAAUGUCAUGUUCGGACAGUCCAUCAGGAAAUGCCUUCUUAGUGGAUUCUCUGAUCACCGGCAGGGCUGAGAACUGCGGAGGUCAUUACACGGGAAGUGCCGCCGUGUGCGUGCCUCACAGCGCCGCCGCCGCCGAAGUGCCUUACGGACUACACAACUAUGGAUACUUCGCAGGUAACCCCAAGCGGGCUGACGCGGGACCCCCAAAUCCGGGCGCCUACCUGUCCGGUAUGGAGAUGUGGAUGGACGCGCAGCGGUCGUGUCGCGUGGACCAAGAGCGCUCCGUGGGUCCUCAGGUCACGCCCUGCUCCUUCCCGCAGAACAUUAAGGAAGAGAGCACCUACUGUCUCUAUGAGCAGUCCAAGUGCCCCAAAGCUUCCGGUGCCGAAGACCUGACGUAUUCAAGGUUAGCCCCUGCUGGCUCGGUGAACGAUGGCGGCGGUGGCGGAGGAGGCGGCGGCGGCGGCGGCACAGUUCCCAUGCCGUGCUAUUUCCGCUUGUCUCAGACCCACGCACAACCUCAUAAACUUUACAACGCCGACGGCCCACAGCCUCCCUACUCUCAUUUGGGCCCCCACUCCGCCCCCCCUGCCCGCUUCCACUCGCCGGCGACCUCCACGCAAGCUCCGAGCGCCCCGCAAGAAGGGAGCGGGGACCACGAGGAGCCCGUGUCCGCGGGGAACUUGGACCGGCAACCCCACGCCGCAGCCGGGAGUGAAGACCCACGCGAGUCCACGGAUGCGGAAGACUCCUCCGCUGAGGAGACCGACGAGCAGGACAAGGAAAGGCCGGAGAAGGACACCAAAGGCGACAAGAAAAAUGACAACGCGGCUAACUGGCUGACGGCAAAAAGCGGCCGGAAGAAGCGUUGCCCGUACACCAAGCACCAAACUCUGGAGCUAGAAAAAGAGUUCCUGUUCAACAUGUACCUGACUCGAGAGCGCCGCCUGGAGAUCAGUAAAAGCGUGCACCUGACUGACAGACAGGUCAAAAUUUGGUUCCAGAACCGCCGAAUGAAAUUAAAGAAAAUGACCCGGGAAAAUAGGAUCCGGGAGCUCACGUCCAACUACGGAUUUUCGUGAUGAACGAGGUGAAAACAAACUAAAAAAAACACAUUAAAAGGGAAAGAUUGUUAUUCGUCAAAUGACUGCCCCCCCACCCUCCCUCCAGCCAGCACCCUCCCUUCCAUUGCCACCACGACCACUAGGCCCCACCCAUUUCUCAUUGGGGGCCAUCGGAGCUCGACUGCCACACACCCUGUGACUCAAAGUGAAAACACGUGGAAUGUUUUCCAAUGUUUACGUCUCGUUGCUCGUAUUAUCGGCUAGAUAGUCAGCGGAGUCCAUUUCACCCAUAAAAAUAUAAACUACAAAUUUCUUGUUUUGAGUCAAAUCUCCACGAUUUUUUUUUUUUUUUUUUUUUUUGCAUGGAAUCGUUUUGCAAUCACCACGUCAAUCUGACGAACGACAAACAAUUCACAUGUUGACCAAGUUAAUUAAAUGUCUUUCGUCGGCAGGCCUCUUUCGUGUAGCUAAAUGUGCAAAUCGAGCAACAAACUUUCGUGGCAUUCCCACUCAAAAAAAUAAAUAGGACGAGUCACUUGUGCCCAUGUUUUUUUUUUUUUUUACUUGUAGAACUAUUGUGUACAUACCGACAUUGUGUUAUUGUGUCAUGCUGAAUAAAUUAUCGCUCUUGCGCA